UCAUUUCAUUAUUGGGAAGACAAGGAGUGCCAAGAAAAUAAUCCCAACACCACAGUUUCAUUUGCAUUUCGUUUGGAGUUCAUUUGGGUUUCAUUUCGCGUUUCCGCACCAUUUCAUCUGAGUUCGUCACGCACACCGCACCAAACAAACUACAUACAGACACACUCGCACAUAUAGAUCUCUCUCAAAUGUAUUUGUAUGUGUAUGUGUAUAUAGGGUACUCAAUGAAUAUGUGAAGAAAAUUUUCAGUAAUUUAUCAAGAUUGAUUCUCGUCGAAUGAUUACGGAUCUCAGUGGAAGAAAUCAUGACCAGAAAAUCCUUAUGGAAUUUUCCUAGGUAUCUCCGAAAUCUAGAUCUCAGUUGAUCCGGCGGCCAAAUCAAUCAAAUUUCAGAUCGGAAGUUUAAGCGGCUGAAAGGGUGAGGAGUUUGUUUUUUGAGAAAUACUUGAGAAAAUGCCGGUGCAGGCGGAUUUAGAUAGGCAAAUAGAGCACUUGAUGGAAUGCAAGCCGCUAUCGGAGGCGGAGGUAAAGACUUUGUGCGAUCAAGCGCGAGCGGUUCUAGUGGAGGAAUGGAAUGUGCAGCCCGUGAAAUGCCCCGUCACUGUGUGCGGAGAUAUUCAUGGACAGUUUUACGAUCUGAUCGAGCUUUUCCGGAUAGGCGGCAAAGCUCCUGAUACCAAUUAUCUUUUUAUGGGAGACUACGUCGACCGUGGUUACUACUCGGUGGAAACAGUCACACUCUUGGUGGCUCUGAAAGUUCGUUAUCGAGAUAGAAUCACAAUCCUUAGAGGAAAUCAUGAAAGUCGGCAAAUCACUCAAGUUUAUGGGUUCUAUGAUGAAUGCUUGAGGAAGUAUGGAAAUGCCAACGUAUGGAAGUAUUUCACUGAUCUUUUUGAUUAUUUGCCCUUGACAGCACUUAUUGAGAGUCAGGUCUUCUGUCUGCAUGGGGGUCUUUCACCUUCGCUUGACACCUUAGAUAAUAUUCGAGCUUUGGACCGCAUUCAGGAGGUUCCACAUGAAGGACCAAUGUGUGAUCUUUUGUGGUCUGAUCCGGAUGAUCGAUGUGGAUGGGGCAUAUCCCCACGUGGGGCUGGCUACACCUUCGGACAAGAUAUAGCUGCUCAGUUCAACCACACAAAUGGCCUUACUCUAAUUUCAAGAGCUCAUCAACUUGUCAUGGAGGGUUACAAUUGGUGUCAGGACAAGAAUGUCGUGACAGUUUUUAGCGCCCCAAACUAUUGCUACCGCUGCGGGAACAUGGCUGCAAUACUCGAAAUUGGGGAGAACAUGGAGCAGAAUUUCCUUCAAUUUGACCCAGCUCCUCGUCAGAUUGAGCCCGACACAACUCGCAAGACUCCAGAUUAUUUUUUGUAAACUCAACAACUUGGGCAUGCUUGCACUCUAGACGUGUCAUAAGGAAUGAGUACUUUUAUUUGAGGACUAUUGCCCAGAUCAUUCAAUUUUUUUCAAGUUUUGGAGAUCGCUCUGCUCCUGAAUUCAGUUAUGUAUGUGCUCAGGAUACUUGCUGGAGAAAUGAGCGAAGGGAGGGAGUGGUCUUUUGUAUAUUUUCCAAAGCAGAAAGCAACCAUGACAUUUAUAUUUUGCUCUGUAAUUUACAAGGUUCUUGUAGGAUCAAGUUUUCAGUAUCCCAAUCAGUUUUCCCCUUUUAA